AUAAAAUAGUUAAAGUGCAUUUCCUAAAUAUACCGACUUUUUUAACUCCAUUUGUUGCAUUGGAUCAACGAUCACCAUUGACGGUGGAGUCCUCCUGCCCCAAACGCAAAAAAUGCGAUAUGGAUCGAGAGCGCGAAAGAGAUGCAAAGGGCCUCGAGCCGCGCGAUUUAUCCUCCACGGGCCGCAUCUACACCCGCAGCGAUAUUAAAAUCAGCGCUUCGCCCACCGUUUCGCCAACGAUCUCAAAUUCCUCAUCGCCCACACCGACGCCGCCCGCCAGCUCCUCAGUGACGCCGCUGGGUCUGCCUGGUGCGGCGGCGGCUGCCGCUGUGGCCGCUGCCGCUGCGGCUGCCGCGGGCGCCGGACCUGGUGGCGCCUCGGCCGGAGCCAGUUCCUAUUUGCACAACCACAAGCCCAUCUCUGGCAUACCGUGUGUGGCAGCCGCCUCGCGAUAUACGGCGCCGGUCCACAUCGAUGUCGGCGGCACAAUUUACACUAGCUCCCUGGAGACGCUUACCAAAUAUCCCGAGUCGAAGCUGGCCAAGCUAUUCAAUGGACAGAUACCCAUUGUGCUCGACUCGCUGAAGCAGCACUAUUUCAUCGAUCGGGACGGGGGCAUGUUUCGCCAUAUACUAAACUUUAUGAGAAACUCAAGACUAUUGAUUGCCGAUGAUUUUCCCGAUCUCGAGCUGCUCCUCGAGGAGGCGCGCUACUACGAAGUGGAGCCGAUGAUUAAGCAGCUGGAGAGUAUGCGCAAGGAGCGUGUUCGUAAUGGCAACUAUUUGGUGGCGCCACCCACACCGCCAGCACGUCACAUUAAGACCAGCCCAAGGACAAGCGGUGCGCCUGAGUGCAAUUAUGAGGUUGUGGCGCUGCACAUCUCACCGGAUCUGGGCGAACGCAUUAUGCUAUCGGCGGAACGGGCACUGCUCGACGAGCUCUUCCCGGAGGCCAACCAGGCAACGCAGUCCAGUCGCAGUGGCGUCUCCUGGAACCAGGGCGACUGGCGCCAAAUCAUACGCUUCCCCCUCAACGGCUAUUGUAAGCUGAACUCGGUUCAGGUGCUCACGCGGCUGCUAAACGCCGGCUUCACCAUCGAGGCGAGCACUGGGGGCGGGGUCGAGGGUCAGCAGUUCUCCGAGUAUUUGCUCGUCCGUCGCGUUCCAAUGUGAUAGACCCCAUGUCCAGGUCAACGUCUGCGUCAACGUUCUGGGCACUGUGUAAUCGUAAUCUAUGUGCGAGUUGCGCACUAAUUGCUACCCCUUUGGCUAAUUUAUCGGGAGACGGGGGCAUCUCUACCAGGAUGGGGGAGGGGGGCGGGGGAGAAAUGGGCGUCUUCUGAAGGCAAGGGCGAUGGGGAAUGGGGUGCGGAGUGCGGAGUGCGGCGGGGGGUUUUCUUUGCAAAUUUCUGAAUCCAAAUGUUAUUUAAUGUUUAUAUCAAUUAGGUUUUUGCUGGCAAUCAAACCCAGCCCGUUCACACGCACACACACACACACACACACACCUAGACACACAUACAUAAACACACACACACACACACACCUAGACACAUACUAAGAAGCACGUGCACAUCAUAAAUAAGAUAUGCUAGUAUUUCCAUUAGUAUUUUUAGGUAGAGCCCAGAGCGCCCAGCACUGAUUUGUUUAUGGCCUUUGAGUUGAGUUGAGUAGUUUGGCGUAGUCUUUCGGCAUAGUUUGAUUAGGUAUUCUACUUGUUUUAAGUGCUCCCAGAUGGUUAUAAUUGUAUACUUUCGGUUAUUUAAUUGCCUAAAACUAGCCAGACAGACAGUUCUCGGGAAUUGUCUCAAAGCAUAACUUAUUAUACGUACAUAUAUGUGUAGCUAUCGCAACAAACUAAGCAACUAUAAUAAAUUAACUCACAGCAAUAGUUUUGUAGUACAUAAUUGAUGUAAUUGAACUUUUAAUGAAUGUAAACUAUGGAUUAACUUCUCAAUAUGCAUACAUACAUAUAAUACAUAUACAUAAACAUACAUACCGACAAGCUCUACAUUAUGUGCAACAUAUAUAUACUCAAUAUCAAAAAAGGAAAUAAAACGAAACAAAAACAAAAACAAAAACAACAAAAAAACACAGUUUGCGCCCACUUUUAGCGAAAUCCAUUAAAUUGUCUAAUUGCAUAUUUCAAA